AAAUCUACACAGCUACAAAGUAGCACAGGGUGACUCAUUUGUGAGGCAAGGCUUGAUUCAGGGCUCGACAAGGAGCAAAGAGCAAAGGCAAGCCACAGUGGACUCACGCACUCACAGCAAACAGGCAGACAGGAGCUGCUUUUUAAAUUGGCCUACAAGACCAGCCUACUUGCUAUAAAAGAAGAAUCCACCAAAGGGAGGGCUUUACAGACCUCCACAGGGGUGUGAGCAGCACUGCUUCAGCAACAGAGCCUUAGGUCCACAUCGUGGGAAGAGUAUGGCCGCUUCCUGGGCGUCCGUCUUCAUGCUGAUCAUAGCCUAUGUUGGCGGCACUGUCUUCUACAGAGAACAGCAGACUUGGUUUGAAGGUGUCUUCUUGUCUUCCAUGUGCCCCAUUAAUGUCAGUGCCGGCACCUUUUAUGGAAUCAUGUUUGAUGCGGGCAGCACUGGAACUCGGAUUCAUGUUUACACCUUUGUGCAGAGAACAUCAGGACAGCUCCCCUUUCUGGAAGGUGAAAUUUUUGAUUCUGUGAAGCCGGGACUUUCUGCUUUUGUGGAUCAACCCAAACAGGGUGCUGAGACUGUUCAAGAACUCUUAGAGGUGGCCAAGGACUCAAUCCCCAGAAGUCACUGGAAGCAGACGCCAGUGGUUCUGAAGGCAACGGCUGGACUGCGAUUGCUGCCAGAACAGAAAGCCCAGACUCUGCUCUUGGAGGUAGAGGAGAUCUUCAAGAAUUCACCUUUCCUGGUCCCGGAUGACAGCGUUAGCAUCAUGGAUGGGUCCUAUGAAGGCAUAUUAGCUUGGGUUACCGUGAACUUUCUAACAGGUCAGCUGCAUGGCCGUGGCCAGACUGUGGGGACCCUUGACCUGGGGGGUGCCUCCACCCAAAUCACGUUUCUACCCCAGUUGGAGAAAACCCUGGAACAAACACCUAAGGGCUACCUCGCUUCCUUUGAGAUGUUUAACAGCACUUUUAAGCUCUAUACGCAUAGUUACUUGGGAUUUGGACUGAAAGCUGCAAGACUAGCGACUCUGGGAGCUCUAGAAGCAGAAGGGACUGAUGGACAUACUUUCCGAAGUGCCUGUUUACCAAGAUGGUUGGAAGCAGAGUGGAUCUUUGGGGGUGUGAAAUAUCAGUAUGGUGGUAACCAAGAAGGGGAGAUGGGCUUUGAGCCCUGCUAUGCAGAAGUGCGGAGGGUAGUUCAAGGAAAACUUCACCAGCCAGAAGAGAUUCGAGGAAGCUCCUUUUAUGCUUUCUCCUACUAUUAUGAUCGAGCUGCCGAGACACACUUGAUUGAUUAUGAAAAGGGGGGUGUUUUGAAGGUUGAAGAUUUUGAAAGAAAAGCCAGGGAAGUGUGUGACAACUUGGAGCGCUUCUCCUCAGGCAGUCCUUUCCUCUGCAUGGACCUCAGUUACAUCACAGCCUUAUUGAAAGAUGGCUUUGGCUUUGAGGACGGCACCCUCUUACAGCUCACAAAGAAAGUGAACAACAUAGAGACUGGUUGGGCCUUGGGAGCCACCUUUCACCUGCUCCAGUCCCUGGGUAUCACCAGCUGAGGCGAAGCACGUCCUUUGAAACCUGCGUUUCUGAACACUUGUUUUUACAGGAAGGAGUGGACUCAGACAUUUUCUGACCUUCUCUGGGAAAAGCCUGGACCGAAACCCGUUAACUGGCUUUAUUAGGAGGGAGGGGUUUGUAGAUGAGCCCUGCCCUUGAGCCUAGCGAUUUGGGCUUAGCUAAUUUUGCACAUCUAAUGUGGAUGACUCCCUAACCACUUGGUGGGCAUAUAGCUGGUACCAGAGUGUAAAUCUUUUGAGAUUCUUUGUUAAGUUACAGAGUCCUGCAAAGAAAAAAAAAAAGGUUUGGAACUCCACGUUAGAAGCGAGUUCAGAGACAGGUCCCUGGGAACCAAAGAGCAAUCUCAUUCAACCCUUGAAUGCCUCCUUGCUUUGAGUGGUUUUAUUUUUGCUUAUAAGGGAAAUUAAGCUGAUUUACCCAAAUCCCAGAACACAUCAAUACUGGUAAUUUUUUCCUUCCUCCUACCCUUAUUAUAUUCCCUACCCCAAAAGCCUGGGGAAAAAUACCUGGUUUUGCUUUCCAUCUAUAAUUCAAAGAGAGAGGGGAAAAGAUACUAUAUCAGAAUUUGUGUGACCCUGUAGCACAACAGAUCAACCAAGUUAGAGCUUAGAGUUGUUUUAUUUUUAGAUAAGGGCCUCGUUAUGUUGUUCAGGCUGGCCUGGAACUCAGUGUGUAGCCCAGGUUGCCUUGAAUUAUCAAUUCUCCUGCCUCAGCUCCUGAACCUUGGGCUUACAGGUAUGAGCUAUUAUGCUCAUGUCAUUUUCAAUCCUAGCAGAAUGGAGAGUGGCUCCUAACUGCCCAGACUAGAGCUAUAAGCAAGGAGACCGUCUGGUUCCAAGGGAUGGCUGUUGCCACUCUGGACUUGGAACAUUCAGCCCCAGGGAUGCCCCUAUCCAGUGCCAGCUCUGCCUCCCAAGCAGUGUUUGUAGAAUCAAACCCAACCCUAACUUCUCACCUUUGUGUUUCUGUGAAGUACAACUGACCCCUGGUUUUCUCUGUGGUUAGAGGUUAGCGCGUGCUGUGUAUCUAAAGAUUCCCACUGCUCUCAGUUGGGGGCUGAGGUGUGAAGUGCUGGGGAUUGAACCCAGGACUUCUUGAAUGUUAAGCACAAUGUGCUAGCCUACGCUUUUAAAGUAGUGUGUUCCUGCAAGGCCCUUGCUGAAUCUAGCUAUUUUCUGAAUUUAUUGUCUAGCUCAGGAUUUCAGAUCCCCUUUCCAGUGAUACCCAAAUUUGAUUUGAUUGCCUGUUUUGGUCCAUGUUGGUAUAGGUUGGAACGGUGAGCAACAUCAGAGAACCAUGUUUUCUCUCAGGACACUUUCUGUGCUGGGGUAGCACAGGCUGUCAUGCUCAGCAUAGGUGCUCGCUCUGCUGCACUAGUCCUUCAAAGUCGUGGCUUAAAGAUUUUAAACUUCUGUCACCAUGUUGUUUUUGGGAUAACAUCACUGGCCUCAGGGUCUCCUGUCGCUUGGCUCCUAACACAGCACUUUACCCUUCCUCCUUUCUUCCCAGGAAGUUUUCAUCUCCCCUAACUUAAUUUUCGGUCACCUCCUUUUCCUUCCGCUCUUCACAAAGGAUGUGACUAUGCCUGGGCCCCUGGCAGUCCCUGGGGAACCUUGUUUUUUAAGCCAUUACACUGAGUCAAUAAUGUAAAGAAAGAAAAAGGUAUUAGACCAGUAAUAGUCCACUAAAUGCUAUCAUAGUUGAGAGAAACCAAGCUGUUUCCCUAAGAGUAAGCUAUGCUCACUAAAGAUGCCUUUACAACAGGCCUUAUGCACAGGCCUGAAGUCCUAGCUCCCUUGGAGCUGAGGCGAGAGGAUUACAAGUUAUAGGCUUGCUCCGUAACCAGUCUGAGACUGCUCUGGGCACCUCAGUGCAACCCUCAACACUUAAAGGAGAAGUUAGAAGACAGCACUCAGUGGCAUGUCAGGCCCUAGACUCAGUCCCCACACUAAAGCAAAGCAGACAACUCCAGUUCUCCACACAGCUGGUCUCUGACACCUUGGGGGACACAAGGGCCCUAGCUAUGGAGUGCGUAUUCCACAGACACCUAUGGUUACCUUGGAUACUGCCAAAACUCUUAAAUACAUGGACUUUUACCUCAGAAACUUGUCUUCAGAUAUCCUGUUAAUCUUCAGUUUUUGUUUGUUUUUGUUUUUUGGAGGAAGGCCUUCUAUGUAGCUAUGGCUGUCCUAGAAUUCACUCUGUAGAUCAGGCUGGCCUCAGACUCACUGCCUCUGCUUCUCUAGUAUUAGGAUGAGAGGUGUGCAGCACCACCACCACCCGGUGAUGUGGGCCUUUCUUACUAAGGGGCUUCUAUGUUCUGAAGUUCCAUCUCUGUGAAAACAUUAAUAUAUUUUAAAUCCUUGGGAUGUGCUCUGGUACAUGGUGGGUGCUGUGUGUUAUCACUAUUACAUGAAGAACAUCUGAAUCACAGAAGUCCUUGCAAAGUGUGCCUUAAAUUUCUCAUCAUUUAAGCUUUUUUUUUUUUUAAUACACUGAAGUCAGCAUUCAUAUGAAGGCUCCCUUUUUGAAAAAAGUCACCUUGUCCUGAGAGUCUCUGGCCAUCGUUUUUCCAGCACCUGCCAUUUUUUAUUCUGGGGACGUUUUCUGGGUUUACUGACAUCAUUACUUUGUUGCUUAGAAAGCUGUUCUGUGAGCAACAUCUGUCUGAUUCCUUCAAAGCUAUUCUAAAACAGUUUAGCUUAUCUUCAAAAUAAAACUGCUGGGCAUGAUAUUCUGUAGGGUUCUUAUCUGACACAGCUCAAGUUUCUUCUGGGGGCCUCUCUUUGAAGUACACACUUCAAAACCCCAAGCACUGAGCCACUCCAUGCUAGCUGCUCGCCACCACACAUGGAGGGCUUGUGCCGCUGCCCAGCUCCUGACUGGCUCCUGAGGCCUCCCCAACUGUGUGUGCAAUCAGGUUACUGCUUUAUUACUGGACAGAGCGUGGUAUCCCAGAGAGGAGCAUAAAUAAAUUGAACUGCGGAGUGUGAUAAGGGAGGGAAAUAGCAGUAUUAAUACGAGCCGGCUGCUAUUUACCUUCGUGUCCCCCUUAAACCCCAACUGCUUUUGUCAAAGCCAGUGUUAAUUUUAAAACAACAGUCUAACAAAAAUGUAUUGGGUAUUUCUAAUUCUUACUCUGUCAAGAUAAUUAUAUAAAUGUAUGACCAGCAUUAAAGUACUUUAUUUAGAAUGGAUUGUUACCGAGUGAAAUGAGGGAGAGCAUCUCGGUGACCUCUGUGUAGUAAUAAAAACCUCCUUUGAUUGAAUAGU